AUGGCCGAAAUCUUGAGGUUCAUCGCGCUUACUGAGACGAAUGCGAGCUUCACUAGUCAUGGCUGCAACAGACAGACCAGGCAGCGCGUGCUAUUCGUCAAGGACGCGAAAGGAAUCUGCCAACCAAAACUCACCAAUAACGGCGUCGGUGUCGCGUCGUUCAGUAGCAACAACAACACCUCAGGCGGGCCCCUGACAUGGAUGCUGACGAUAUCUGACGAGACACCGGUGGGCAAUGAAUACAGUGAACGGUCCUUCUGGCUCGGCACCCCGCCUUCGCUUAACGUCAGUGACAUUUCAGACUUCGGAGGCUGCUCUAUGUUCAUGCGCAAUUUGACUGGCGCUCUUCAGCUCCCGCCAGGAUUCAGCGAUUAUGGGAACUUCGGGUGCGGCACCGUUAUGGGUGGGAGCUGCGUUCAAGACCUUGUCUCCCGUUUCCACGGAGAGCUAGUCGAUAUUGUUCAAGCCGACGCUCUUGGUGGUCAUGCGUCUCCAUGUGCCUUGAUUAUGGAGAGGCUUUAG